CAUGGCGAGGCGGCGGCCCGGGGCCAUGGCGGCGGUGUCGAGCGGCGCCGUGUACCGGUCCCGGGACCCCGUGCGCAACCUGCGGCUCCGGGUCCGCCUCUGGCGGAGCACCACGUCCGGGCCCUUCCUGCCGCAGGCCCCGCCGCCGCUCGCCGGCCCCGCUCUCCCGGGCCCUGCCGUCCGCACCGGGACCGGUACGUGCGGCCCGAGCCGGGCCGGGGGAACGGGGAGCGGGCGGGCGGUAACCGAGACGUGUCCCGCAGGUGCCCCGGAGGAGGAGGAGGCCGAGGUGCGGUGGCAGCAGAAGCUCUUCAGCCAGUUUGAGGUGGAUCUGUACCAGCAUGAGUCUGCCUGCCAGACACCCCUGGACCGGCAGUACUGGGAGGAGAUCCUCAAGCUGGAGAAGGCUGGAGGCAGGAAGAACUGCCGCAUCUUCACCUACACGGAUCACGACCGGUUCACCAACCUGGAGGAGCACUGCCAGAAGGUAACUGACUCAGAACAUGAGGUGCCAUCCUAUCUGGCAGAGAGGAUGGCCAAUGUGAGGAGGAGAAGACAAGACUGCAGGCCAAUAGAAGCAAGUUCUCUGAAGUCGAAAAUCAUCACCUGGGAGCCCUCAGAUGAAUUUAUAAGGAACAAUCAUGUGAUUAACACUCCUGUCCAGACCAUGUACAUCAUGGGGGACUUGGGACCUUAUGGGAAGCUUGGUCGCAGGGAGUAUGAACAUGUUCUUUGCACAAUCAAGGUGGAUGACAAUGGAGUGAUCACAGUGAAGCCGGACUUUACUGGCACCAAAGGAGCCUACCAGAUUGAGAUGGAUGGAGAGAAGCGCGAGGUGUGGAAAUACACCAUUGAGAAUGUAUCUGUCCAAAUGCAGCCAGAGGAGGAGGAACGUGAGCAGCGUGUGUUCAGAGACCUGUACGGGCGGUACAAGGAAUACCUCAGUGGUCUUGUAGGUUCAGAGUUUGAAACGAUCCUUCCUGGUACACUGCAGCUGUUUGUCAAUGGAGAAAUAGUUUCAGCUCAAGGCUAUGAGUAUGACAACCUCUAUGUUCAUUUCUUCGUGGAGCUGCCAGAUCAGUGGUCGAGCCCAGCGUCCCAGCAGCUAUCAGGAGUGACGCAGACCUGUGCCACCAAGGCAUUGGGCUGGGAGGACAUGGCAUACUUCAGCUACCCCUUCACUCUGGAGAUGUUUUUCACCCAAGGAGCUGAAUCAGAAGAGAGUCUCCCUCAGUGGCCUGUUAUCUACUUUGAGGUCCUGUCCCUGGAUUUCUGGCAGAGAUACCGUGUGGAAGGGUAUGGUUCUUUGGUGCUGCCAGCAUCUCCAGGUGUCCAUAACCUCACCAUCCCUACCUGGCGCCCUGUGGAGCUGGGAACAGUUGCUGAGCUGAGGAGGUUUUUCAUUGGAGGAUCUCCUGAGCUGGAGGACAUAACCUACGUCAGGACACCAUCAACCUUCAAGGGAGAGCGUCUGAGCCGCUUUGGUUUUCGCACAGAGACAACCGGGAGCGUCACAUUCCGGCUUUACUGCCUGCAGCAGUCUAAGGCCUUUCUGGAAACCAGUGCCAAGAGGCAGCGCAUGCAGAGUGUCCUGGACCAACUUGGAGGCUUCAGCCAGCAGAGCUCUGUCUACAGUGUUUUGGAGGCUUUCCAGAGAGCGCGACGCCGGAUGCAGGAAGCACGCAAGAGCCUUCCUCAGGACCUCAUCAGCACCUCUGCCUCCACUGUGCACCAGUCGCAGGAGCCUUGAUCGACCACCUCUGCUGCAGGGGAGUGUUUAACAUCGCUCCAACACAAGCUCCAUUUGUUCAGGAGUCACGGUGCUGGUGCUGGGAAGCUUCUGAAGCCCUUUGUCAUCUUCCCUGGGUGAGGGCAGGAGCCUGUAGCAGAUCCUAAAUAGCUGCAUUUCCACAGGUAGCUAUGGAAUGAGCCCCAUUUUCUCAAGGCAUUUUGUUCCCAGGCCCUAACAGCCAAUUGUUCACUUUUCUGCUGAGCAGACUAAAAUAGUGACAUGGGACCUGUGCAGCCUUGAAUGCCUUUUCAAGAACUAAGUAGUAAAUGAUAAGAAUCAAGUCUGCAUGAUGUGGCAUAUUUAUUUUUCUUCAAGAAGAGAAGAUCUUGAAGGUCAGGGUGUAAAUGCUGCUUGAGAGUUAUUGAAAUGAGUAGAGAACUUCAGAAGUUCUGAUAGUUGUUGUUAGUAUUUGUAGCUAUAGGUCAGUCAAUAGUAAAAUGAAUCUGUCCA